AUGGAAGAAGAAAAAUCCACAACAUACUACAAUGAGUUGACACGUAAAGGAGAAGGAGCGACAAGAUUCAAGAAAGGUCUAGGCUUUUCUUCAAUUUUUCGAAACUCAAAUGACACCGUUCCCGCCCGUGGCUCUGCUCUUGUUUCUUCCUCUUCAUUUCUGAAUAGCUUCGUUAGAGCAUCAAGCCCUUCGAAAAUCACCGAGUUCAUAAAACAAGGUCAGAUCCAAACCAUAAAAAACAAGAUCAAGAAUAAACCUAAAUAUUACGACAAUAGCCUUUCUUCUAGGGUUUCAAAUGGAAAAAACAGUAGAAGCCCAAGUCCAAGUCGUGAAAAACAUUUGAGCAGGAAAAGGGAAAGCCUAAGUCAGAAUUUAAAUAGUCGGAGUCGAAAUCUGUUUUUCUCUCCAACAGAGGUCAAGGAGUAUAUCACCGCCAGAUCGAAUACUGGGAAAGAUAGAACUGCUAUGGUAGAUUACAGGAGAUUGAUUGAAGGUUAUGAAAAGAUGACUCCAGCUGAAAGAGUCAAAGCCAAAAUGAAACUUCAACUUUCAGAAAGUGCUCGAAAAGAGGAGACAAAUAGCAUGGGCUCUGGAUGGGAGCGUUUUGACUUCGACAAGGAUGCCCCUUUGGAUGACGAGGAGAUUGAAGCUGUAGAAGAUGAUGGUGCUUUAGUCAACCACACUGGCAAAAGCUUUCGAUUUUCUGCAGUGGCGACUAGGAGAGGGGAAAAAAUCAAGGCUGCUCACGAUGAGGCUAUUUUUGGAGCUCCCUCACUUCUGCUACUUCCACCUUCCACUGAAACAGAUGAUGAAGCAGAAGAGGAUAAUUGCAAAGAGGACAUCUCAAAAGUUGCCCCUGCCAUAAGUCUCAUCAGUGGGCAGGCACUGGCAAUGCAACAAGGUUCUUGGCGUGAUCGUGCGCGUAGAUCAUGACUUCUGUGAAUGCUUGGAAGAGACUUCAUCAUGCCUAAUACUUGGUUUAUGCCAAUGGAGGGUUUUUGUUUUUGUGAUCCUCUUAUGUGGGUUGUUGCCGGCUGCUGUUGGGAGUGGUGUAAGUUCCUCAUUUUGUACUGUACAAAUUGUU